AAUUUAUAAAUGCAUGCCUGUGUGUCUGCGAGUUGUUUUUGGAUUCUGAUCGGCGAAAAUGUUUUCAAUUUCAAAUCAUUUCCGACGUUUUGGUUUUAUCAAUUGGUUAUGGAGAUCAAAUGAUCUGUCCAUAGUGAAAAUUGGACCUGUAACAUCUGUUAAAACAAUUUCUAGUCAACCUAAAAAACACGAUGAAUCAGUCGGACUAAAUGAAGAUAUUCUAUACAAAAAAAUAGAAUUAGAAGCUCGAUCAGCCGAUCGUGGCGUAUUGGAUAGCUACGAAAAAUUUGUAUUAAUGACUGCAAAUUUUUUAGAUAUUCCAGUAUCCCGAACAUGGGAGCCAUUUCGUUUGAUUAAACGUCGUACUUUAUUACGGGCUGCUUUUGUUAAGAAAAAAUAUCGUGUUCAAUACGAAUUUCGUACAUAUUUUCGUAGUGUUGAAAUUAAAUAUUUAACCGGAUCGACAGCAGAAACAUUUUUAGAAUACAUCCAACGCAAUCUACCCGAAGGAACGGCAUUGAAAGUGACAAAAGAACGUUUGGAAUCGAUGCCCGAACAUUUGACACCACCUUCAAAAACAUAAUUUUUUUUAGAUAUAUUUGUAUAAUUCAAAUAAAUUGUUUUCCUUGAUAAAA